ACCCCCCCCCCCCCCCACCCCCCCCCCCCCCCACCCCCCCCCCCCCCCACCCCCCCCCCCCCCCACCCCCCCCCCCCCCCACCCCCCCCCCCCCCCACCCCCCCCCCCCCCCACCCCCCCCCCCCCCCACCCCCCCCCCCCCCCACCCCCCCCCCCCCCCACCCCCCCCCCCCCCCACCCCCCCCCCCCCCCACCCCCCCCCCCCCCCACCCCCCCCCCCCCCCACCCCCCCCCCCCCCCACCCCCCCCCCCCCCCACCCCCCCCCCCCCCCACCCCCCCCCCCCCCCACCCCCCCCCCCCCCCACCCCCCCCCCCCCCCACCCCCCCCCCCCCCCACCCCCCCCCCCCCCCACCCCCCCCCCCCCCCACCCCCCCCCCCCCCCACCCCCCCCCCCCCCCACCCCCCCCCCCCCCCACCCCCCCCCCCCCCCACCCCCCCCCCCCCCCACCCCCCCCCCCCCCCACCCCCCCCCCCCCCCACCCCCCCCCCCCCCCACCCCCCCCCCCCCCCACCCCCCCCCCCCCCCACCCCCCCCCCCCCCCACCCCCCCCCCCCCCCACCCCCCCCCCCCCCCACCCCCCCCCCCCCCCACCCCCCCCCCCCCCCACCCCCCCCCCCCCCCACCCCCCCCCCCCCCCACCCCCCCCCCCCCCCACCCCCCCCCCCCCCCACCCCCCCCCCCCCCCACCCCCCCCCCCCCCCACCCCCCCCCCCCCCCACCCCCCCCCCCCCCCACCCCCCCCCCCCCCCACCCCCCCCCCCCCCCACCCCCCCCCCCCCCCACCCCCCCCCCCCCCCACCCCCCCCCCCCCCCACCCCCCCCCCCCCCCACCCCCCCCCCCCCCCACCCCCCCCCCCCCCCACCCCCCCCCCCCCCCACCCCCCCCCCCCCCCACCCCCCCCCCCCCCCACCCCCCCCCCCCCCCACCCCCCCCCCCCCCCACCCCCCCCCCCCGAUGCAGCGAUGGCAGGAGCUAAGAAUAGGCAGAGCUGCGCUGAGCCAGCCGUCCAGCCUGGCAACCGAGGAGAAGUGCCAAGUCGACUUUGUUCCGAGGAUCUGAGACAGCACAGCUUCAUCCUGAUCGUCUCACGGGAGCCGCCGGGUCAACGGCUAACAAGCAGCUUCAGCGAAUUUGGCAGGCCCAAGUUCCUUGGUUCUGUGACGGGCUUUGGCUCCCACGGGCUUUCGCCUCUCAGGAAAUCCAAAGCCCUUCUGGCUUCCUGGUUCCAAGAGGCCAGGACUCCUGACCAUUAUUUUAUGAAGGUGGACCCUGGGCCCGCCAGGAUCUGUCAAGAUAAGAGCGCUUCCCGGCCUGCUCUUGGCACUCCGCCUCAAGAGACGAGAAGAAAUGCGAGCUAG